AUGUCCAGAUCUGGUGUUGCCGUUGCCGAUGAAUCCUUGACUGCUUUCAACGACUUGAAGUUAGGAAAGAAGUACAAGUUCGUUUUGUUCGGGCUUAAUGAAAACAAGACGUCCAUCGUUGUUAAGGAAACUUCCACUGAACAAGAUUAUGACGCGUUUUUGGAGAAGCUUCCUGAAAAUGAGUGCUUAUACGCCGUUUACGACUUCGAAUACGAGAUCGGUGGCAACGAGGGCAAGAGAUCCAAAAUUGUGUUCUACACCUGGUCCCCAGACACAGCUCCUGUGAGAUCCAAGAUGGUGUACGCCUCUUCUAAGGAUGCAUUGAGAAGAGCUCUAAAUGGUGUCUCUACCGACAUCCAAGGCACACACUACUCGGAAGUGGCUUAUGAAUCAGUACUAGAAAAGGUCAGCAAAGGUGCCGGCUCUCACUAG